AUCACCGCGCAGCUCGGCCCUCGGGCUUGUACCCUUUAGUGAAAGAAUUCAGCGCCUUGCGAGAAAGUUACCUGUGGCCGCCCAAGUCCGCCACUUUGCGCUCUGUGUCUGCCCAUUGCCACGAUCCGGGAGGACUCCGCGCCGCCGGGCCGCCUCCGAGCGAGGGCCCCAUGUGAGGGCACCCCCCCCCAUCCCACCUUUCCGGCUAGGUGAGGGCGCGAGCGAGCAGGCGAGCGAGAGUGGUGAGGGGGGACGAAAGCAGACUUACCUGUAGCUCUUGUUCUGCCAUCUCGGGCGCUCUCACACACCUUCACCUGCACAGACUUGAAAGUCCAGUUUCACCAGAGGCUGAGGCUCCAGGAAAAGGGGAGCGAGUUCAUUGGAUCAAACAUGUCACAAGAGUCGGACAAUAACAAAAGACUAGUGGCCUUAGUGCCCAUGCCCAGUGACCCUCCCUUCAGUACCCGGAGAGCCUACACCAGCGAGGAUGAAGCCUGGAAGUCAUACUUGGAGAACCCCCUGACUGCGGCCACCAAGGCUAUGAUGAGCAUCAAUGGUGACGAGGACAGCGCUGCCGCCCUGGGCCUUCUCUAUGACUACUACAAGGUUCCUCGAGACAAGCGACUUCUGUCUGUGAGCAAAGCAAGCGACACCCAAGAAGACCAGGAUAAAAGAAACUGUCUCGGCACCAGUGAAGCCCACAGCACUUUGAUCGGAGGCGAGAACCGAGUGCAGGUCCUGAAGACUGUCCCGGUGAACCUCUGCCUCAGCCAGGAGCACGUGGAGAACUCGAAGCGUGAGCAGUACAGCGUGUCCAUCACAGAGAGCCCCGCUGUCAUCCCAGUGUCAGGCAUCACCGUGGUGAAAGCCGAGGACUUCACGCCAGUGUUCAUGGGGCCCCCGGUGCACUAUCCCCGCGCCGAGGGCGAGGAGCAGCGCGUUGUCAUCUUCGAACAGACUCAGUAUGACUUGCCCUCCAUAGCCAGUCACAGCUCCUAUCUCAAGGACGACCAGCGCAGCACCCCUGAUAGCACCUAUAGUGAGAACUUCAAAGAGGGGGCCGCGGAGAAAUUCCGGAGUGCUUCUGUUGGUGCUGAAGAGUAUAUGUAUGACCAGACAGCAAGUGGUACAUUUCAGUACACCCUGGAAGCCACCAAAUCUCUCCGUCAGAAGCAGGGUGAGGGCCCCAUGACCUACCUCAACAAAGGACAGUUCUAUGCCAUAACACUCAGUGAGACUGGAGACAACAAAUGCUUCCGACACCCCAUCAGCAAAGUCAGGAGCGUGGUGAUGGUGGUCUUCAGUGAAGACAAAAACCGAGACGAACAGCUGAAAUACUGGAAAUACUGGCAUUCCCGGCAGCACACGGCCAAGCAAAGGGUCCUCGACAUUGCUGACUACAAGGAGAGCUUCAACACCAUCGGGAACAUCGAAGAGAUUGCGUACAAUGCUGUUUCCUUCACCUGGGAUGUGAACGAGGAGGCUAAGAUUUUCAUCACCGUGAAUUGCUUGAGUACAGAUUUCUCCUCCCAAAAGGGCGUGAAGGGACUUCCUUUGAUGAUUCAGAUCGACACAUACAGUUAUAACAACCGCAGCAAUAAACCCAUUCACAGAGCAUACUGCCAAAUCAAAGUCUUCUGUGACAAGGGAGCAGAAAGAAAAAUCCGAGAUGAAGAGAGAAAGCAAAACAGGAAGAAAGGGAAGGGCCAGGCCUCCCAAACGCAGUGCAACAACUCCUCUGAUGGGAAGUUGGCCGCCUUACCUUUACAAAAGAAGAGUGACAUCACCUACUUCAAAACCAUGCCGGACCUGCACUCGCAGCCGGUGCUCUUCAUCCCAGAUGUUCACUUUGCAAACCUGCAGAGGACUGGACAGGUGUAUUACAACACAGACGACGAACGAGAAAGCAGCAGUGUCCUAGUUAAACGGAUGUUCAGGCCCAUGGAAGAGGAGUUUGGUCCAACCCCAUCCAAGCAGAUUAAAGAAGAAAACAUAAAACGAGUGCUUUUGUACGUGAGGAAGGAGAAUGAUGACGUGUUUGACGCGCUGAUGCUGAAGUCUCCCACGGUGAAGGGCCUGAUGGAAGCGCUGUCUGAGAAGUAUGGACUGCCAGUGGAGAAAAUCACAAAGCUUUAUAAGAAGAGCAAAAAGGGCAUCCUGGUGAACAUGGACGACAACAUCAUCGAACACUAUUCAAACGAGGACACCUUCAUUCUUAACAUGGAGAGCAUGGUGGAGGGCUUCAAGAUCACACUUAUGGAGAUCUGAGCCCUGGGCACAAGUCCCCUUGACAGGAGCUUCCUUCAAUGCAUUCCUUCCUGGGAUAGAUGUGAUCCUGGAUGCCCCAGAACCUGGAGAUCCAUCUCACCCACCUCACAAGACUGUUACAAGAUUGCUGGGAAGGGUGCGGGGCCCAAGGCCCGGUGACUGUUGAACUCAUCCACUUGCUCCCCAUGGAGCUGAAGCCUGAGCCCCUCCCUCAGCAAAUUUCUUUGGGCCUGUCAGGCCCUUAUUUAUUGCCCAUUUCCCCCUAAGAGCCUGGAGUCCAGGCCCUCCAGGACUCUACAGGUUACUGAUAGCUCCAAUUGAGACAUCCAGAGUUCCCCCUUCAAGGGCAACACAGCCAGUCCACUCAUCUCGAAGUGCCCGGGGAGCUGGUGUGUCUUUUUCUUACCUCUCCACAU